GAAAGUUAAGGUAUGCUAAUAACUCAAACUACAAAAAUGAUACAAUGAUACGGAAAGAGGCAUACGUAAGCCACUCAGUCAUGGAAGAACUAAAAAGAAUUGUCGUGGAGAGUGACAUAAUGUCAGAAGAUGAUGUAUCGUGGCCUGUUCCUGAUAGGGUUGGACGCCAAGAGUUGGAAAUUGUCUGCGGAGAUGAACAUAUAUCAUUCACAACUUCGAAAAUAGGAUCAUUGAUUGACAUAACCAAUAGCAA